AUGGAGACCCCCAUUUCAAAUCAAGAUACAGCUAAAGAAAAUUUAGAGACACAUGCCAAUGAAUCAAUAGAUAAUUCAGACCAAACCGAGAACAAACCCACAAAUGGUUCUGUUGACGAAAAACCACAAAGCUCAAACCCAAUGGAAAUAGAUACGAAAGAAGAGUCUACAAAGUCACAGAUAAAUACACCAGUCCCAAAUGAGAAUAGUCAGCUUCCCAUGCAUGAAAUAGUAGGUGGAUCUUCAGUUAGACGAUAUCUCAACCAACACCUUACAAAGACUUUACUCGAGGGAUUAAAAGAAGUUGCACAAAUUAAACCAGAAGAUCCAUUGAAGUACUUAGGGGAGUAUCUAAUCUCAAAAUCUAACAAGUCAAAGAAAGAGUAG